AUGGAUCGGCUGCCGCUAUUGCUACCGACCCCUACGGUCGUUGACCCAGCAGCAUGUGCUCCAGAAGUCGUGCCUUGCAACGACAAAGAGGCUGCAAACGAGACAGAGAAGGAAGUGGUGCCGAAUGCAGGUCCAGAAGUCGUCACGCAAGAGAAUCUGCCCGAAGCACUUGAUUUGGAGUGUGGUAAAGAAGUACUACAUCGGCCGAUCAUUCCAGCUAUACCAGAACAGCCUAUACGAUGGCUAAAGGAGCACAGGAAAGCAAGAUGGACGAUGGUCGUCAUUGCAACACUUGGCAUACUUGCGAUUGGCCUGGGCGUCGAACUGGGAAUUGCUCUACACCGACCGAGAGAUGAUGAACAUGGAAGUGUGGACGUCAGCUCUGUGCCGUCAUCUAGUACCACGCCUCCGAGCGGGACAUACGCUCUGGCUCUCAGCCGUGCCGAGGAAUCGCAAGCAGCCUGUCUGCCUGAUGAAUCAGAGCAAGUAGCAUGGGACUGUGAUCUAUCUCGGACUCCUGAUAUUGGAAUUGUGGUACAAAGCCGAGCUGGGACUGCAUUCGGUGCCAACAUCUUUUCUGCGAGUAACAGCACGCAGGUUUCGUACGGUGCUUGGGCUCCCAGCAUGAACGUAUCCUUGGGCGCUUCCAUGACGGUACAGGACAACGAUGAUAUUGAAGAUGGACCCGCCUACUACUUUCAGCAAUACUACGAUAAAGUCGUCGUUGUGCCGGAUAGUGAGCUGCAGAACCUGGCCCCAGACGCAAUACGAGCUGUCGACCGCAACACCGACCUGCUAUCGAACAAGAGCGCUACAGUGCAACCUGCUUCGGGUGAGAGAUUCUGGAUGUGCGUUUUCAACAACACUUCCAUAGAGACCUUCAUCUAUGCCGACAGACCAGCCCUCGAGAGCAACUCAACAACGAGCAGUAGAGCAUCAGCAACGUCCGCUCCGGUGGCCUCGACCGUGUCUGCAGCCUCUUCGAUUGUCACGUACACAUCUCGUGCAGCAGUGAAUAUAAACAUUCAAUGGAGCGAACUGGACCAAUAUCCUCUUCUCGUGGAGAUCAAGGAGCAACGAUUGCCUACCGCCGACGUCGUGCCUCAUUGUCAGCAGUAUCAGGUUGUGGAUACCAUGGAGGCGAGUUGGGUUGGAAACGAGCAAGGCGAUCCCAUCAUCAUAACUCUCUCCGAGUCGGCCUCUGCUAACAGCUCCGAGACCUGCCACUGUCAGUGGACGAGUGGCAGAUGA